GGGGAUGCCGCGGAGGAAGGUCCCGGCGGCCUAAAGGCGAGGGCACGGUGCGAACCCCCCGUCCCGUCGCGAUCCGUCCCGUCCCGCCCCGCCGCGGCGGGCGAGCGCAGCCGGGGGCAGGAGGAUCCAGGCAGGCGGCAGGGGACGGCUCCAGGACCCCUCCUCGGCGCAGCGGGGUCCGCUCUGGUGCUGAAGAGGCGGCGGCCGCCCGCCCCGGUGCCCCACCAUGCCGUCCAGCGGGACCCUCGACGCCGGCAGCCCCAGCCGGGAGGCGCUGGACACGCACAAGGGGGAAGAGGAGCCCGAGGAGAACCCGAGCAAGGAGGAGAAGCAGGAGCCGGGGACGCCCAUGAGGAAAGCGGGGCGGCCCGGGCGGAAGCGCAAGAAUGCCCAGGUGGAAAGCAGUGACACCCCCAAAGACACAGCGGCCGUCCCCAAGUGCCCCCCGGCCUGCCCGGAGGCCAGUCCCGCCGAGCCGCUGCCCAACGGGGACGUGGAGGGGGACGCGGAGGAGGGCGGCGCGAGCCCCAAGGGCGGCCGGCCCGAGGAGGACGACACGGAGAGCAUUCCCGACGGAGAGACCGGCCGGGCGCUGGAGAACGGCCGCUGCACCCCCAAGGAGGGCCUGGACGCCCCGGCCGAUGAGGGUGAGCUGGCCCCUUCCGACCCCCAGAAGAAACGCGGGAGGAGGAAACUCCUGGAGGCCACAGAGAAAAGCAAGGACGAGAAGGAGGAAAACAACUUCGACACCCUGAAAAUGGAGGGCUCUCGUGGGCGGCUCCGGGGGGGCCUGGGCUGGGAGUCGAGCCUGCGGCAGCGGCCCAUGCAGCGACACACCUUCCAGGCCGGGGAUCCCUACUACAUCAGCAAGAGGAAGCGGGACGAGUGGCUGGCACGCUGGAAGCGGGAGGCGGAGAAGAAGGCGAAGGUGAUCGCCGUGAUGAACGUGGUGGAGGAGCCGGCGCGGGCCGAGGCGCAGAAGGAGGAGGAGGCGAGCCCCCCGCCCGCCCCCCAGCAGCCCACCGACCCCGCCUCGCCCAGCGUGGCCACCACCCCCGAGCCCGCGGUGGCCGACGCGGGCGACAAGAACACCUCCAAAUCCGCCGACGACGAGCCCGAGUACGAGGACGGGCGCGGGUUCGGCAUCGGGGAGCUGGUGUGGGGGAAGCUGCGCGGGUUCUCCUGGUGGCCCGGGCGCAUCGUGUCCUGGUGGAUGACGGGCCGGAGCCGCGCGGCCGAGGGCACCCGCUGGGUCAUGUGGUUCGGGGACGGCAAGUUCUCGGUGGUGUGUGUGGAGAAGCUGCUCCCCCUGAGCUCCUUCGCCAGCGCCUUCCACCAGGCCACCUACAACAAACAGCCCAUGUACCGCAAGGCCAUCUACGAGGUGCUGCAGGUGGCCAGCAGCCGGGCUGGGAAGAUCUUCCCUGCGUGCCCCGAGAACGACGAGACGGACACGUCCAAGGUGGUGGAGAUCCAGAACAAGCAGAUGAUCGAGUGGGCCCUGGGCGGCUUCCAGCCCUCGGGCCCCAAGGGGCUGGAGCCCCCCGAAGAGGAGCGGAACCCCUACAAAGAAGUUUACACGGAGAUGUGGGUCGAGCCUGAGGCCGCCGCCUACGCCCCGCCCCCGCCCGCCAAAAAACCCCGCAAAAGCACAACCCAGGAGAAGCCCAAGGUGAAGGAGAUCAUCGACGAGCGCACACGAGAGCGGUUGGUGUACGAGGUCCGGCAGAAGUGCAGGAACAUCGAAGACAUCUGCAUCUCCUGUGGGAGCCUCAACGUGACCCUGGAGCACCCUCUGUUCAUCGGGGGGAUGUGCCAAAACUGCAAGAACUGCUUCCUGGAGUGCGCGUACCAGUAUGACGACGACGGGUACCAGUCCUACUGCACCAUCUGCUGCGGCGGCCGCGAGGUCCUCAUGUGUGGGAACAACAACUGCUGCAGGUGCUUCUGCGUGGAGUGCGUGGACCUGCUGGUGGGCCCGGGGGCGGCGCAGGCGGCCAUCAAGGAGGACCCCUGGAACUGCUACAUGUGCGGCCACAAGGGCGUGUACGGGCUGCUGCGGCGGCGGGAGGACUGGCCCUCGCGCCUCCAGAUGUUCUUCGCCAACAACCACGACCAGGAGUUUGACCCACCGAAGGUGUACCCGCCCGUGCCGGCCGAGAAGAGGAAGCCCAUCCGGGUGCUCUCGCUCUUCGACGGCAUCGCCACAGGGCUGCUGGUGCUGAAGGACCUGGGCAUCCAGGUGGACAGGUACAUCGCCUCCGAGGUGUGCGAGGACUCCAUCACCGUGGGCAUGGUGAGGCACCAGGGCAAGAUCAUGUACGUCGGGGACGUCCGCAACGUCACCCAGAAACACAUACAGGAGUGGGGCCCCUUCGACCUGGUGAUCGGGGGGAGCCCCUGCAACGACCUCUCCAUCGUCAACCCGGCCAGGAAGGGGCUCUAUGAGGGCACUGGGCGCCUCUUCUUCGAGUUCUACCGCCUGCUCCACGAAGCCCGGCCCAAGGAGGGCGACGACCGGCCCUUCUUCUGGCUCUUCGAGAACGUGGUGGCCAUGGGGGUGAGCGACAAGAGGGACAUCUCGCGCUUCCUGGAGUCCAACCCUGUCAUGAUUGAUGCCAAAGAAGUGUCUGCAGCGCACCGGGCACGGUACUUCUGGGGGAACCUGCCCGGGAUGAACAGGCCACUCGCCUCCACCGUCAACGAUAAGCUGGAGCUGCAGGAGUGCCUGGAGCACGGCAGGAUAGCAAAGUUCAGCAAAGUGCGAACCAUCACCACUCGCUCCAACUCCAUCAAGCAGGGCAAGGACCAGCACUUCCCCGUGUUCAUGAACGAGAAGGAGGACAUCCUGUGGUGCACGGAGAUGGAGAGGGUCUUCGGCUUCCCGGUGCACUACACGGACGUGUCCAACAUGAGCCGCCUGGCCCGGCAGAGACUGCUCGGCAGGUCCUGGAGCGUGCCGGUGAUCCGCCACCUCUUCGCGCCCCUGAAGGAAUACUUUGCCUGCGUUUAGAGACGGGCAGGAACUGGUGACACACACGGAGCGAGUCGGAAACAAACCCAUCCACGCCAAGAGAAGUGAACACACGGAAUGAGAGAAGAGUCAGCACCCAGAAGAGAGACGGGAUUUCGCAGCCCGACGGGAACCCAGCACACGUCUCCCCGAGCGAAAGGGGUCGGUGUCCUCUCCUGAAUUUCCAAGGGUCAGCUUUAGCCUAUUGAAAAACAAAACAAAAAACCACAAAAAAAAAAAAGGAAAAAAAAAAAAAAGAAGAAGAAGAAGAAAAAAGAAAAGAAAC